AUGGCCAAGCAUCAUCCUGAUUUGAUCAUGUGCAGGAAGCAACCGGGCAUCGCCAUUGGACGACUCUGUGAGAAAUGUGAUGGAAAAUGUGUGAUCUGUGACUCUUACGUGCGCCCUUGCACCUUGGUGCGAGUUUGCGAUGAGUGCAACUACGGAUCGUUCCAGGGUCGUUGUGUCAUCUGUGGAGGUGUAGGCAUAUCUGAUGCGUACUACUGCAAAGAGUGCACGCAGCAGGAGAAAGACCGGGAUGGCUGUCCCAAGAUUGUGAAUUUGGGUAGCGCGAAAACUGACUUGUUCUAUGAGCGUAAGAAAUAUGGGUUCAAGAAAAGAUAA